AUGGCCACACACCGAGAUGCCAAGUUCCCAGGGAAACCGUACAUCGACCCGGCUCCCAUGCCGUCGAGCCAGCCACACAUUGACGAGCUCGGUGUGACGUCUGCACCGCUCAAGUCGGCGAGUUUCUUCAUUGGCGAGCACUGCAAGGAUGUCAACGAGGACUUUAUGCUUUGCAAGAACGAGAGCCGUGACCCUGCCCACUGCCUCAAGGAGGGCCGCCGUGUAACGAGAUGCGCAAGGGAUCUCAUCAAGAAGCUGAGCGACAGCUGCGGCAAAGAGUGGGAGGCUCACUUCCAAUGUCUCGAACAGCACAACCAGGAGUUCUACAAGUGCAGGAAGCCAGAAAAGACGCUCAACCAAUGCGUGUUUGAGAAGCUGAAACUUGCCAAGAACAUUCCCGGAUCGCCGGAAGGACAGCCCCAGGUUCACGAGAAGAAGAACCCGGUAUGGGGAUGA